UAUCUUCUCUCCAUCUUCUUUCAAUGCCUCACUCCCAACUUCUUCCCUCGUCUACUCCACUGAGCUCCUCGACGGCUAUCUCCAAGCUUCUGCCAUCAAGCCUCCUGCCGUUUAGACCAUUGCACUCAUGGGCGCGCCGGUCACUGAUGGCCUCAACGGUACCUCGUCCCCUCUUCUUCUCCUCGGUUUACGCAAUCUGGGAUGCACUCACCGGGGACGCCGGAGGCCGUGCUCGCGCUGCCUCAACUGCCGUUCGCCGUGGGAUGCUUCUUUUUCGUCAGGGAAAUGUAGACGGGUCAUUGGCCGAGUUUGAUCGUGCGAUAGCACUAGACCCUCGUCGAAAGGGCUAUCUUUGGCAGAGAGGGCUUUCUCUAUACUAUUUGAAUAGAUUUGAAGAAGGAGCAGAUCAGUUCAGGUUGGAUGUGGCCGAGAAUCCUAAUGAUACCGAGGAGUCCAUUUGGUGCUUUCUUUGUGAAGCACAAAUUUACGGAGUGGAUGAGGCCAGGAAACGUUUCUUAGAGGUUGGUCAAGAUUCGCGGUUUUUUAUGCGUGAAGUGUAUAAUACAUUUAAAGAUGGUGGGGAUCCUAAGAAGCUUGUUUCAAGCUUUUCAAAUGCUGGUGACAUUGAAUGUUUCUAUGCUUCUCUCUAUACUGGUCUCUAUUAUGAGUCUCAGAAAGAAAUGAAUGCUGCAAAACGCCAUAUUGUUUCAGCUUGUCAAACUCCAUAUGGAUCACGGUCUGAUGAUUAUAUGGCCGCCCUGGCAAAAGUCCACUGUUCUUGCCGAAACUGGAGUUUCAGCUGAAGUUUCUGCUCUGCCAUCAAAAGCUCGAGGAGCGGAGUUUUUGCAAGAAUCUUUAAGAGGCAAAUUGGCCUUUUUUUGGUUGAUUAGGGAUGGUAAUUAUUGAAAUUGUUAAGGUUAUUUAAGCAAGGCGUUGGCUUUUGGGAAGAUUUACAUUCAUGCCACUAAAUUUCUAUCUAUCUACAUAUUGAACAAAUAAACUUCAAUUUUUGCAUCCAU